AUGCCUCCCGUAUCCAAGACGUGCCAGGGUUGCGCGGAUUCAAAGGUGCGAUGUGUCCGGGAUACCGAUAUCGCAUGUAAUCGAUGCCUUCGUUUGGGAAAAGAAUGUCAAUAUCGUCGGACUGGUCGUCGAUUUAAGGGCUUCCACAAGGACCGUAAGAUCGCGGCUCUGGAGUUGAAGAUCAAUGAACUCAAGGCCGAUCGGGGCGGUCUAGAAGGAAAUGACACCAACACAAGCACGCGCAGCACAUCAUCAAUUGACGGUGAUGCUCCGCUUGAAGACAUCAUCAGCCGAGACUUUCUUGACACAGAGACGGCCGAAAGAUAUCUAACGAUAUUUAAGACCAAACUGACCCCACAUUUCCCAUUUGUGGUUGUGUCCCUCGAUGUAUCUGUCCAGCAGCUCCGCAAGGAGAAGCCGUUCCUAUGCUUAGCGAUCCUUGCAUCUGCUUCGUAUGAGAACAUGCCACUGCAACGCGCGUUGGGGAACGAAGUUAAGAAAGUCGUUGCAUCACGCAUGGUCAUCGGUGGGGAAAUCUCCUUUGAGUUGUUGCAAGGGCUGUUGGUGUUUCUCGCAUGGUCGCAUUAUCACUCACGGCCACACCGUUAUACUCAAUUCCUUCAACUGGCCAUAGGCCUCAUGAUAGAUUUGCGGUUGGAUCGUCCACCACAGACGCGGACGUGGAAGACAGAGCUGCGCUUUGGGCUUCAAUAUAAUCUGCAGAAUCAGACGUUUAAUCGAGCUUCUUGGGGGAGCAACGAGCAGAGGGCUGUCUUGGGUUGUUACUAUUUGUCGUCAUCGAUUGCGAUGCUUGUGCAAAAGAAAUCUACCAUUCUGCGUCUCCCGUACCAGGAAGAGUGUUGCAAGGCUCUCCAUGAAGCCAACGAGUAUCCUCACGACAAAUACAUCAGCUAUGUGAUACAGCUCCAAUUUAUUGCAGAGAAAGUCGACAAUCUAUCUGCAAAGCAUGGAAUUGACUUGGAAACACCUGGAUCAGGGUCAGAGCUCUAUAUCGCCAAUCUGAAGUCGGAUCUGGAAGCGUUCUACCGGCAUCUGCCCUUCGAUAUCAACGAGAGCUUUCUUCUUGCUAUACAAUACCACGCGACAGGGCUUUGCCUAUAUCAACUAGCUCUCAACAUCACCAACCAAGAGUCUCAAUCACCAUUUGACUCCAACUCCUGGAGAGAUGAAAUGGCGUUCUCGGCAUUUAUCUCAGCCAAUUCGAUCCUCAACCUGUAUAUUCAACUUCCAUCCAACGACGAAGUCGGAUUCAACAAUACGCAAUGGGUACAGAUAGCGUUUGCAUUGCUAGUUGCCUAUCGGCACACCGUAGCAGCCUACAAACCAGAUCAGGCUGCUGCCUUCCUAGAAACUCUGUCGAAGUUGCGAUCGAGGGUUGGGGCGUUGUCUACUUCAGAUGUAGACAUGAACGGCGCUCGGGAUGCUUUCUUCGACUUUGGAAACCGUAUAGCUCGAAUUGAGAACUGGCUCGGGGAACAUGGUAGACAGGAAGACAACUCUCAAAGUGAUGAGAGCUUUGAUGAAUAUCGGUAUACGUUAUGCUUGGAGCCGACAAACUUUGACGGGCUUAUUGGGGCUGCGGAGCAUCUCGAUGUCCCUUUUGGGAAUGAGUUUUCAUCUUCGGCAGAUGACUUGCAAAUUCCCCAGGAUUCUUUCUUCGCAUCUUCGUUUGAGCAGAUUAUGGGUGAAUGGGUGUGA